AUUCUUCCACACAAAAAAAAAAAAUGGUAGAAAAGAUACCACAACCCUGAUAGCUUCAGGGAUGAUCAUAUCAUACAUGGACUGUGAGAGAGACAGAAAAUAAUAAGAGAGAUGGAAUUGAAGAGAAUGCGUAAGAAGAAAGGAAUGGGUAGUCCCAGUAAGUACCAAAGGCCCUCUAUAUAUUAGAGGGCGUGAGAGCUAAACGGGGCCGCAGAUCACCACAGACCACAACAAAACAAACAACCCAAAAAGAUUAAACAUACCCUCAAAACCCAAAGCAAAAGGAAAGCUAUCUAGCUUUCUUUAGAGAGAGAGAGAGAGAGAGAGAGAGAACGAGCGAGCAUGGAUAAAAAGAGUCAUCACCUUCCUAGCUAAAGAGUUUCAGAGACAUUCCCACAGAAAACCCUCCUUUCACAUAUUAACAAAGGUUUGUCUUAGAUUCAAUUCUUGUGUAUAAAACCCUUCAAUUUCCUGCUUCUGCCCACAGAAACAAAGAGAGAAGUGUGUGUAUAUAAAUCAAUUUAGUUCUUCAGACAAAUCAAACAUACCCAGAGAGCUAGAGAGAGGGAUCAUGUGUGGUAAGAAGGAAGAAGAUCAAGCAGAGUGUUCCCAAAGCAUUCAGAACUUUCAAAGCUUCGAAGAACAACAACUGCUUCUGCAACAGCAAAACCCUGCACACGAUCUAUACGGAACUGGAAGAGGAACUGAAGCAGGAGGAUUCAUGUUCCCAGACGGUCCGCCAAUCCUGCCAUGGUCUCUUCCACCGGUUCACCCCUUCAAUCCGACCCACUUCGCUCCAAACCCGGUUCGAGAGCACGUCGACCCGUUUCUCCUCCAUCCUCCCCCCUCACCCUACGGCGUUAACUUCUUCAACCGAAGAACUGCUCCUCCUCCGGCACUGCAGUUUUACGAGGGUCAGUCCUCGGACCCUCUCCGGAUCAUAUCCGACUCUCUCGGGCCGGUCAUUCAACCCGGUUCAACCCCUUUCGGACUCCAAGCCGAGCUGGGGAAGAUGACCGCGCAGGAAAUUAUGGACGCAAAAGCCCUCGCCGCCUCCAAAAGCCACAGCGAGGCCGAAAGGCGACGCAGAGAGCGAAUCAACAACCAUCUCGCUAAAUUGCGCAGCUUGCUACCCAGCACCACCAAAACGGACAAAGCUUCACUGCUUGCGGAAGUGAUCCAACACGUGAAAGAGCUCAAGCGCCAAACGUCUUUGAUCGCGGAAUCAAGUCCGGUCCCUACGGAGAUCGAUGAACUAACGGUGGAUGCUUCGGACGAGGAUGGGAAGUUCGUGAUAAAGGCUUCGCUUUGUUGCGAAGACAGGUCGGAUCUCUUGCCCGACCUCAUAAAGACCUUGAAAGCUCUGAGGCUGAGAACACUGAAAGCCGAGAUCACGACGCUCGGGGGACGAGUUAAAAAUGUCUUGUUCGUCACGGGAGAAGACGAGUCCACCAGUGACGACCAACAGCAGCAGCAGCAGCAACAACAACAACAACAACAAGCACCACUCCAGCAACAGUACUCUAUAAGUUCAAUCCAUGAAGCCCUUAAAGCAGUGAUGGAGAAAACAAACGGGGAUGAGUCUGCUUCUGGGAGUGCAAAGAGACAAAGAACCAAUAUAAACAUCCUUGAACACAGGUCUCUUUAAAUGAUCACCAGGAUCUACCUUGCUUAUCUCAUGAUCGAUCAUAAUUAGUACGUUUUUGUUUUUCAUCUUUCUCUUUGAUUCCUUUUUCUUGUGUGCGCAUGUUUUUUUCCCCUUUAUUUUUGUUUUCUUGGGGUUGUCAUCGUGUAUGGAGUAUCCAUCACCAAACAAAUAGGAAAAUGAUGGUACGCGAUUAAUGUA